UCAGUUCACUAGCAAGAAUGGUUUGCAUUCGGUCCUCUUGCAUUCUCUCUUUAACCUUGCUUUUUGCACAUACAGCAGCUGUGUCGGUUAAGCAUCUUUCUAGUGGAAAUGUGCAGGAUGUGGAUUUUGGUGAACCAAAGGAUAUUCCAGAAAUCAAUUUAGGAUUGGACCUCUUUCAAGGGGACAUCCUUCUGCCAAAAUCAAGAAAUGCCCUGAGGAACCCCACUGCCAGGUGGACGUUUCCCAUCCCGUACAUCCUGGCGGACAAUCUGGAGCUCAAUGCGAAAGGAGCCAUCCUCAAAGCCUUUGAAAUGUUCCGUCUCAAGUCCUGUGUGGAUUUCAAGCCCUAUGAAGGAGAGAGCUCGUACAUCAUAUUUCAGCAAUUUUCUGGGUGCUGGUCUAUGGUUGGGAAUCAACACGUGGGACAGAACCUCUCCAUUGGGUUAGGGUGUGACUACAAAGCCAUCGUCGAGCACGAGAUCCUGCAUGCUCUGGGGUUUUACCACGAGCAAUCGAGGACCGACCGGGAUGACUAUGUGACCAUCUGGUGGGAUGAAAUUAUCUCAGGUUAUGAGCACAACUUCAAUACCUAUGAUGACAACCGGAUCACAGACCUCAACACGCCCUAUGAUUACGAGUCAGUGAUGCACUACGCACCAUUCUCAUUUAACCAGAACGAGAAUGUCCCCACCAUUACAACCAAGAUCCCCGAGUUCAACACCAUCAUCGGGCAGCGCCUGGACCUCAGCGCCACCGACUUAGAGAGGCUGAACCGGAUGUACAACUGCACCACGACGCACACCCUUUUGGAUCACUGUGAUUUUGAGAAGACAAAUAUCUGCGGGAUGAUCCAGGGCACCAGCGAUGAUGCAGAUUGGGUCCACAAGGGCAGCACAAAUGCCACACAAGGGGACCACACCCUGGGUGGCCGGUGCACAGGUGCCGGCUACUCCAUGCACUUUGACACAGACGAAGGAGCCUUGGAAGAGGCAGCCCUGCUGGAGUCCCGGAUUCUCUACCCAAAGAGGAAGCAGCAGUGCCUGCAGUUCUUCUACAGAAUGACAGGGAGCCCCUCCGAUCGACUGGUCAUUUGGGUCAGGAGGGAUGAUGGCACUGGCAACGUCCGCAAGCUGGCCAAGGUGCAGACCUUCCAAGGGGAUUCUAACCAUAAUUGGAAAAUAGCCCACGUGACGCUCAGAGAGGAAAAGAAGUUUCGCUACCUUUUCCAGGGCACAAAAGGCAACCCCCAACUCUCGGCUGGGGGCAUUUCCCUGGAUGACAUCACCCUGACGGAGACGCCCUGCCCGACAGGGGUGUGGACAGUGCGUAACUUCUCCCAGGUCCUUCAGAACACAGUGAAAGGGGACAAGCUCUUGAGCCCUCGGUUCUACAACUCUGAGGGAUAUGGUUUUGGGGUGAUCUUGUACCCCCACGACAGAGCAACCUCCAGUGCCUCUGGCUACUUGGGUCUGACUUUUCACCUGUGCAGCGGGGAGAACGAUGCUAUCCUGGAGUGGCCGGUGCAGAACAGGCAGGCAAUCAUCACGAUCCUUGACCAGGAGCCCGAUGUCAAGAACAGGAUGUCCCUGAGCCGGAUGCUCACCACCUCCCUGGCCCACACGUCUGAAGAAAUCAAUGGCUCUGUCAUCUGGGACAGGCCGUCCGUGGUGGGCUCUUACGACAAGGACUGUGAUUGCUUUAGGAGCCGUGAGAGAGGCUGGACCAGAGUCCUCUCCCACCAGAUGCUGCAACGGAGGAGCUUCCUUAAAAAUGAUGACCUCAUCAUUUUUGUAGACUUUGAAGACCUCACCCACCUGAACCGAACAGAAGUUCCAGUGAAAGCUGUAGAUGCAAGGCUGGUCCCUGCAGGCCUUGUGCUCCAGGGACAGGAGCAACAGGUCCUGGGAGAAGGUUCUAGAAAGGCUGUGUUGGAUGAAGCCCCAUCAGACAGCCUGGGCCGACAGAAGCGGUCCAUGGAGAACACAGGCCCCCUGGAGGAUCACAACUGGCCACAGUAUUUCAGAGACCCGUGUGACCCGAACCCGUGCCAGAACGAGGGCGUGUGUGUGAAUGUGAAGGGCAUGGCCAGCUGCAGGUGCGUCUCUGGACAUGCCUUCUUCUACACGGGUGAGCGCUGCCAAGCCAUGCAGGUGCACAGCAGCACCCUGAGCCUCGUGAUCGGAGGCACAGCCACUGUGAUCUUCCUGACCUUCGCCAUCAUCUCCAUCAUUCUCCAAAGGCCAAGGCCGUGACCCACCUUGACCAGUGCCACACUGCAGAGAGGCCUCCUCCACUCCGACCUUCCCUCCCUGCAGUCUGGGAGCCUCUGAGUAGUUUCCAGCAGGCUUACUUCAGAUGGACUCCAGAGACCACGCCUCCUUUUGUUUUCCUGCCUCCGCGUGGUCCUGUUGCCAUGUCAUGUGUUUCUAAUGCACCUGGGAUGUCUUGUGACAGUGUGCAUGCCCCAUGAUCACCUUUGUUGUAGCUAUGAGCUCCAGAAAGCAGGGACUUGUAACCUUCACCGUGCUGCCCUGUGCCCAGAGUGUGCCCAGUGGUACAUGGUGGGCAUCUACUCAGUGGAUGGUGAAUGAAUGAACCAAUAAAUGAAUGAAUAACCCAGAUAAA